AUGGGUCAAAAGUUUAAUACGGUAGGUGGGGAAGGGUUUUUUAAAACUGUACUAAGACAUGGCAAGUAGCUACUAGUAGUUUAAAAUUUGUCAUAAAAACCGUUAAAAUUUUAAAAAUUUACAAAAGGGUCAAAAGAGUAAAGUAACGUUGUAAAAACCAAAGCCAAUGACAAAAAGCUACAUAAAACACGUUUAAUUUUUAAAAAAUGACAAAAAUUGUGCCCUUAAAUAUACAAAAAUGACCUGCCGAACGUCAUCCAUCCCGCUCCUUGACUUAAUUUUGUCAAAAGUAUCAAAACAACAAAAACAAAUAAUAACAAAAUUAAAUUACAGUGAAUUUAACGUCACUUUGGAGUCCGUCUACAGUAAAAUAUUUAGUCAUACGGUGGUCAUAAUAACGGUAAUGGUAUGGAGUAGGACUAUAGUAGGAUAAGAGUAAUGCUGGAACUUGACUAAUAGAAUGCUAGGGUAAAACCUACCUAAGGCUAAAGAAAUUCAAAGUCUAAGGCUCAAGCUCAUGCUCAAGCUCAAGCUCAAACUCAAGAUCAUAAUCAAGUUCAAGCUCAAGCUCUUGCUCUAGCUCUAGCUCUAGCUCUAGCUCUAGCUCUAACUCUAGCUCUAGCUCUAGCUCUAGCUCUAGCUUUAGCUCUAGCUCUAGCUCUAGCUCUAGCUCUAGCUCUAGCUCUAGCUCUAGCUCUAGCUUUAGCUCUAGCUCUAGCUCUAGCUCUAGCUCUAGCUCUAGCUCUAGCUUUAGCUCUAGCUCUAGCUCAAGUUCAAGCUCAAGUUCAAGCUCAGGCUCAAGUUCGAGCUCAGGCUCAAUUUCAAGCUUAA